GAACUACCCCACUGCCAAGAUGACGGAUCCAAGUGGUGCUUCAGUUGUUUUUGUUGUGUAUGGAAUUCCUCGUUCGUUCCGCUCUGCCCAGCUUCGCCACUAUUUCAGUCAGUUCACAGAGAGCGAUGGCUUUGUGUGUUUUCAUUUCAGGCACCGACCAGAGCGGCGGGGAGAGAAUUCGGGUACUUGCUGUUGUCCGGUUACCGUCAAACCGGAGCGAUCCCGCAGUUUCCUGGAAAUGUACAAUAUGAAACCGUGGCUGGAUAAGGAAGGAAAUCAAGUCCCUGGUAGAUGCUUGGUUCGGAAAGUUCGUGUUGGUCCGAUGGAAGACACCAAGGACUUCCCCUACAAAACGAGAAAAGAACAGUUUGCAACUCGUGACCCAGGAGCAAAAGAAGAACAGCUAGUGACUGCUACAGAGCUAAACAGGAUGUCUGAGAUGAAUCCUCCUGCAAUGAUGCCACAGGGGAAUGUUGGUACUCCUCUCAAAGUCUUCCUGCAGCUCAUCCGUUCCUGUCGACUUCCUCCUAAGGUCAUCACCAAGCUGGGUCUGUGCUUUCCUAGCAAUGGCAAGCGUUAUGCCAAGGUGCCCUUCAGCUAUUCAGGAACAGAGACAAUAGAGUGCCAAGAAGGAGUGUAUACUGCCAGUGGACAGGAGAUUACUGAAAGUGUUAAUAUCAGAGACAGAGUUAAACAGGCUGAAAUGGAACAGGAGGAGCUCUCCCAUUCAGAUGAUGAUGAUGACACAUGUGAGGAGUGGGAAAGGCAUGAAGCUUUGCAUGAAGAUGUAACCACACAAGACCGGAUAAAAGAACGUUUGUAUGAAGAGGAGAUUGAACUGAAGUGGGAAAAAGGUGGUUCCGGUCUUGUAUUCUAUACUGAUGCCCAGGUGUGGCAGGAACAGGAAGGAGAUUUUGAUGAACAAACUGCUGAUGACUGGGAUGUAGAUAUGAGUGGCUAUUAUGAGGAAGAUGGUGGAGAUAAAGAUGCCAGGGACUACUUGAAGAUGCGUCUUGAGACUAGGAGGCGUGAUGGCUUAGCGACUGCAGAUGUGGGCUACAGUGUUGGAGGAUUUGAAAAACAUACCAAGGGCUUUGGGCGCAAGGUAAUGAAGCGUCAAGGUUGGACAGAGGGCAGUGGACUUGGAGCUAGUGGAGCAGGGAUGGCAGAAGCCUUGGAAAACGAGGGACAAAACCCUAAAUGCAAAAGAGGCUUGGGUUACCAUGGUGAAAAGUUGCAGACAUUUUGUCCACCAAAGAAGAAACAAACGCACUUUAUCUCCACCAUAUAUGACCAGCCACGUGACGAGGAUAUGGGAGACACACUGUUAAGACGACAACCUCACACUGCAAUGAAAUACAUGGAGGGUAGAGAUUGCAAGUUAUAAGAUAGAGACUACUUAAGAGCAACCAACAGCUUGCAACUGAAAGUUCACAACCUACAUCUGUGCAACUGAACAUAAACCUGUAUGAUGUGAACUCUAAGAAUGACUUAUUUGAAACAUUUAUUUCUCACUCUUUUUAAUCUGAUGUCCUAUAGCAAAUUAGUAUAAGUUAUAAUUAGAAAGGCAAUGUUUUUUAUUUUUUUACAUAAAUAUUUUAUAAACAAAUAUUUAUUAUGAA